CCAAAAGUGAAGAAAAAGAAUGUGUGGGCUGGCUGCCAGCUCUCACGCUUUAAAGUUCAUUGUUCAACUACAGGAUUAGCCACAGUAAGAGUCCAUUUGUGUCCCGCAAGGUCCAGUCGCUAAAUCAGUAAAUGUAGGUCCACGAUUGGCAGCUAUAUGUAUGAUGUGUACAAAGCAGAAUCUUCACCUCAUAAACAUUAAGGCACAAAAAAUGCACUGGUAUAUGAUGUGGAACCCUUGAAGUUGAACACCACCCGUUCUGGGAAACUGGUCCAUCUGCAAUAUGUUUGGAUUUCAAAGCAAAGUUCCCCCUAGAGAUAAAUACAAGCAAGUGAAAAAAUAAUAUAUUUACAAUCGUUACUAUUCAAAUGGAAAAAUAAUAGUGACUCAAUUAAUGACAGACGUAAUGUGAAAGUGAUUUAUGUGACUUUUUAAAAAAGCAUUCUUGACUAUCAAGUGUAAAAAGAAGUGAAGCAGCUUUGAAUUUGAAUCUGCUAAUUUUUUGGAUUUUUUUGGUGUAUUUCGAUGUACAGUAUUUUAAGUGCAGAGUUCAUCCCUUCAUGCUUAAAACUGAGGUCCUGUGAAGUUGUGUUGUAUUAUACAACUUUUGACGUUUUUGCGUGUGUGUGUGUGUGUGUGUGUGUGUGUGUGUUAAUGUGAAGUCAUCCUGACCUCCUCCUUCAUGGCUCGAAUGUGACGCAGCAGCUAGCAUGCGCCGGGCGACCAAGGCGGCCGGAGACAAAGACAUCUGUGGACACCAAGAUGAGAGUUUGCAGGAGGAGACAUGACGCGUGCACACCAGCAGAAUCAGAUCAUGCACCUUCAUCUUUUUUCGUCCAGGCAGUCUGUCCCGAGGUGAACUCGGCAUGGGAGGCUCCUCCCCUCUCAACCUGUAUCCGUGCCAAGAAACUUGAGUUUAUAUUUGGGGUGAGCGCACAGGCGGGCUGAUAUGUGACCAAGACGGCAUGGAAGAGCAAUAGGAGGCGUGUCUCUGCUUCCAGGACAGAGAAUAAGAGUUGAUGUGGAGAUGGCAGUAGACCAAAAAGGGCCUCAGUGUGACCUAACAGGACCAGCGCAGAGGGCAGGACAGGUCAGUGGGAGGGAGCCAGCUGUGACACACAGCGGCCUAUAAAAGACGUAAUAUGCAUCAUUCAUUCAUCCAGCCGUCAGUUCAGCUCGUCGUCUCUCUGCCAUCAUGUUGUAUCCAGCUCUUCUUCAAGCCGUGCUGCUCCUGUGCCUCAUUCAGCAAACGCUGCAGGGCGGGAUUAAACCUCAAAGCAUGUCCUGGGGGAGAAUCCUGCCAGCCAGAGGUGUUGGCAUUGGAGCCAAAGGAGGAGGAGCUCUGGGCAGCAGAUAUGCCAACAAGCCCUUGAAGGCUGGAAUCGGGCAUUACCCGGUUACCAGUCCUCUUGGAGUUGGAGGUUACAGACCUCUUGGACUGGGAGGUGUACCCGCACGGCUGCCUGGUGGUUAUGGAAACCAUGGAGUCUAUGGGGCCGGUCUUGGCACAGGAUUGCCACUGGGGCUUGGACCUGCAAAUGGACUGGGCCUGGGCCAUGGAGGCAAACGUGGUAGGACGAGCCGUGGUAGAGCUUAUGGUGUCGGGCCGCUGCCAGGAUACGGACCUUUGGCCGGCAUUGGCUACCCUGCAGUCAAACCAGGUGUUUCUGCGGCUGAUGUGGGAAGAUUGGAGAAGGCUGCUCAGGAUGUCAAAAGAGCAAAAAGUGGAGCCCUUGGUGCCUCGUUCGGAGGACCAGAAGGAACUCUUGGCGUUGAAAGGUUCAACAAGGAGAGAGGAAGUGCUCUUGGCCCCGCAGCUUCUGAAUUAAUUACGGACAGCUUUACACCUGCUGUGCUGCCGACUGGAAGAGAAGCUAAAAGACUUGACCCAAAACUGAAGCCAUCGAGCCUUGGACCGGCCAUUGAGGCUCAAAGUCUUGGUCUGGCAGUGUCACCAGCACCAAUAGGGAGAGCUGUUGAUCCCUCAGUUUUGAAAAGAAAGAUGAGUGCAAGUCAUGGAGCCACGCGGCCCACUGGAGGAGUUCAAACACCAGAAUCUGUAGCUCAAGACAAACUCAGAGCAAUGGCUGCUGCUGCUGCUGCUUCUCCUGCACAAAGCGCCAGAGGUGACGCCUCAUCUGGUAGACAACACCAGAAAAGCAAAAACUGUGGAUCCCUCGUGAAUUUGGGAAACCAAGGAGCUCGUGCUGCUCCUCAAGCACCAAGACCUGAAACAUUUAGUCUUUUACCAUCCCCGGAUGCCAGAAACAAUCAAUUAGCUCGCUUGCAAGGUCCCAGAAUGGCUUUAGCUCCAGAACAGAGGAGGCUAGAUGUCCUUGGGAUCAUGGCUAAAAACUCCAAUGAAGAGAAAAUCAGUGGGACUUCGGGCACGCAACCGUCAAAUCCCCAGAUACAGGAAGUGCAAAGAAAUGUACCCUUGACCCCAGAGGCAGGUUUAGGUGUUGCCCAGGCUGGAGGGCAGGAAGGUUUUAUUGGUAGUCCAGGAAACUAUCUUGGAUCAGGCCUGGUCCCGGGGGCUUAUGGACCAGCUUUAGGCCAGGGAGCAUACCUGGGAGCAGGCGGGAAACAUGGAGCUCCUGCUGCUCUUGGUCAGGGAGGUUACACCAAAGGUCCUGCAGGUGUGUCAACAGGUUACGGUAGCAGUGCAGCAGGAUACCUGGGUGGUCUGUCAGGCAAUGGCUACGGUUAUGGGAAUGGUUACGGGAACCCUUAUGGAGCCGCUUUGAGUACAGGAGGCUACGCUGGACAGCCUCAGGUACCAUAUGGAGGACUUGGUGCUGGACUGGACCCGGCUGGUGGCAAAUAUGGAGGAGCAGCAGAAGCCCAGGGCCCAUACGCUGGCACUCCUGUGGCUCCUGCCCGACUUGAAGGAGACGGAGGCUACCCAUACGCUGCUCAGCCCCUCGGCCUCAGCGGGGACGGCAGCAAAAGCUCCAGCAAGCACGGUGCAGCAUAUGGAGCCCCACAAGCAGGCUACGUCCCACAGCUAGGUGCAAGUCAAGAUGUAUUGGGAGAGCAAGCCAGCAAGUAUGGUGCAGGAACCGGACCACUUGCAGGUGGAUACAAAGGCUGAUGGAAAUGACCUGCCGACCUUCAAAUCUUUUCCAUUUUAAAAGUCUCCCUGUGUGUUUUUAUUUUUGUAAUCUUUAUACGUAACUGGCUUUUGUUAAGUAUUUCUACUUGGUGCAUCGCUGAGAAGCUGCUGGUGAAGGUGACAAAAUAACACGUGAGAGAGAUGUAUUUGAAAAUAUAUUUGGAAA